UGCCCGUCGGUCCCCGCGGCUGCGGCGGCGGCGGCGGCGGGGGCCCGGUGACAGCGGCGGCGGUGUCAGGCCGGCCGUGGGGCAGCCGGGGCGAGCGCUGGCUGCGGGGCCCCUAGGAACCCACACCCGGUCCUAGAGCGGCUGGGCGCGGGGAAGGCCAGGGCCGGGGGAGGGGCGCGGGGCGCGCGUGAAGAGACCUCGCGGGCGCCACGCGAGAGGUCGGCGUGAGAGAAGGCGUUUGCUGCCGGUGGCCCGAAGCGGCCGGUGCCCGCCGGCAUGAGCCACAUCCAGAUCCCGCAGGGGCUCAUGGAGCUGUUACAGGGCUACACGGUGGAGGUGCUGCGGCAGCAGCCGCCUGACCUCGUCGAGUUCGCCUUGGAAUACUUCACCCGGCUGCGCGAGGCCCGCGACCAAACCUUCGUCCCGUCCGCCGCCCCGCCUUCAGAGUUACACGAGCCGGCGGAGCCCAGCCCCGGCACGACGGCCGACGAGAAUGCCAACAGCGACUCCGAAGACGACGUGGACUUGGAAGUUCCUAUGCCUAGCAGAUACAACAGACGAGUAUCAGUCUGUGCUGAGGCCUAUAACCCUGAUGAAGAGGAAGAGGAUACUGAUCCCAGGGUGAUUCAUCCUAAAACUGAUGAACAGAGAUGCAGACUUCAAGAAUCUUGCAAAGAUAUUCUCCUUUUCAAAAAUCUGGAUCAGGAACAGCUUUCUCAAGUUCUUGAUGCCAUGUUUGAAAGGAUAGUCCAAGCUGAUGAACAUGUCAUUGACCAAGGAGAUGAUGGGGACAACUUUUAUGUCAUCGAAAGGGGCACCUAUGACAUUUUGGUGACAAGAGAUAAUCAGACACGCUCUGUUGGUCAGUAUGACAAUCGAGGGAGUUUUGGAGAACUGGCUCUGAUGUAUAACACCCCAAGAGCUGCUACCAUUGUUGCUACUUCUGAAGGCUCCCUUUGGGGACUGGACCGGGUGACUUUUAGAAGGAUCAUAGUGAAAAACAAUGCAAAGAAGAGGAAGAUGUUUGAAUCAUUUAUCGAAUCUGUGCCCCUCCUGAAGUCACUAGAGGUAUCAGAACGAAUGAAGAUUGUGGAUGUCAUUGGAGAGAAAGUCUAUAAGGAUGGAGAGCGCAUAAUUACUCAGGGUGAAAAGGCUGAUAGCUUUUACAUCAUCGAGUCCGGUGAAGUGAGCAUCUUGAUUAAAAGCAAAACUAAAGCAAGCAAGGAUGGUGGUAACCAGGAAGUUGAGAUUGCCCGCUGUCACAAGGGGCAGUACUUUGGAGAGCUUGCACUGGUCACCAACAAACCCAGAGCUGCUUCAGCGUAUGCAGUUGGAGACGUCAAAUGCUUAGUUAUGGAUGUGCAAGCAUUUGAGAGGCUUCUAGGGCCCUGCAUGGACAUCAUGAAGAGGAAUAUCUCACACUAUGAGGAACAGCUGGUGAAGAUAUUUGGCUCCAGCAUGGAUCUAAUCGACCCUGGGCAAUAGGUGUGCCACAUGCUAGAGCCUUCUCAAUGUGACACCAAAACCUUUCGGUCAGCCACAGAACACACACGGAAAACAGACACGACAGAACCGUUCCUGCUGUUGCCACCUCCGCUGCCAUCGCUGUGGCUAUGGGCAUUUAGAAAACUUGAAAAGUCAGUACUGAAGGAUGGACAGAGGUUUGACCCACACCUCCAUUUUGCUUCUGAAAAGCCCAUUGUUAGACCAUUUUUAAUGAUUCCUCCAGCCCAGUUUUCUCAUCUUUGGUUCAAAAUGGCAUGUCUCUCCAACAAGUUAAGUGCCUGAUACAAAGUCCAAAGCAUAAACAGUCUCCUUCCUCUCUUGCUGCUAUUACUGCUUUAGGAAGUUAUCACACGUCUACAGAGACCUGUUGUGUCACUGUAGACCUACUCAACCAGUCUUUCUCAAGGGAGGAAAUGCUGUAGCCUUCAAUCUUUUCAUUCGUCCUUUGAGAAAGUCGACCUUUGUUCACAGUUCCACCUUGAAAGUUUUGUGAUGGAAGAUGGCAGAUGGGAUAGAAGUUUGUGUUCCAGGCGCACUGCACUGUCUGCUGACAGCUGCCCACAGGCUCAGCUGUCUCUAAACCCAGGACAGCUUCCCAAAGCAGACGGAUAGGUCCAUGGGACCCAUGUUGGAGCAGAAAAGUUUGGGUUCAGCAUAUUUUACUGGUAGUAAAGAGUGAGGAAGGUUUUCUGGGUUAGGGGUUAUUUUCUAAUAUGUUUUGUAGGUUUUUGUUUUGCUUUGUUCUGUUUAAUCUCUGUGCAGUUUGCAUGAGUGAUUUGCUGUCCAUUUGUAAAGAGCCAGGAUCUGGAGGUGCCGUCACUUUGUCCAACCCAAAUACUUUCCUGGGCAACUCCUGCCGUUUCGUGUUUCCAGUUGCCCCACCUGCUAAUAGCAGUGUGUUGCAAGAGGCUGUGCUACACUGAACCCUUUCCUUCUGCUCCAGGGUUACGGUAUAGCUUCAGGAGCCUUCAGUUUAUAAAUUUUUAAAGAUCUUAUUCAAAUUAAAGAAAAUUUUUCUCUAUGGAAUUCUUCUUAGACAUACUCAUCUAUGUGGUGUUUGUCAGCUGACCUAGACAUUCAACCUAAAGAUGAAUUCUGUAACUUUCAAAAAUUGGCAUCAUUUAUAAUUUCAUAGAAUUCAAGUUUUUUCUGAUUAAGAUGUUUAGAUAGUUGGGAUCCUAAUUGUUAAUCCCAGUAAAAGGUAACUUAGCUUAUAUCUAAGACUUUUUUAACCUUUUAAUUAUAACAGGUAGCAUUUCUGAUGGGUUGUGUUAAUUAGUUGGUAUAUUUCAGAGUGAAUUUUUUUUCUUCUGAAUCAUUUGGAAUCCUAGGAGCAGUAUAAAAUUUACAUACAGCUAUAUCUAAAUAUAGCUAAAUUUGUGUUAAAUCGAGAGGCCUAUUCCAGUAUGAUUUUCUGUUUCUUUUUAACUUGCAUCACUCAAUAAAUCCCUGAGAGAUUA